CAUUUGGCUUCUCCAGUUCCGCACCUGGUUUUGCUGUUCCCCUCAUUUCUUUAAUUACUACUUCCCCGUUCGAGUUCACCCACUCACCCAAACACGCCACUUUCCAGUUAUCAUCAUCAUGCUUUCGUUUUCCACUCUCAGAAGAUCCUCACCCUUCCUCGCCCGACGCUUCUCAACCCAACGGUCCCAGAUCCGCCACGCGUCAACCUCCUCCUCCUCCUCCUCCUCACUCCACAACACCGCGAACCCGGUUCGAACCUGGUUCGGUCGAAACGCACUCUCGACCGUCCUCGCCGGCGCGAGCGUAUCAGGGCUUCUUCUCUACGGCUACUCUUCUUCGCACAAUUCCGAGUUCGACUCGUCUCUGCUGAAGAGCUCAAUUUCUUCUCUCGUUGACCGGUCAACGCCGAUUUCCGAGGACCAAGAACGGCGUCGUUCGUUCCUUUCGAAAAUUUCGCUCCCUGAAUGUUCCGGUGCCUUGCUAUUUGGAGAUUCGUUCAGGAGAAAGGUUUUCUUCAACUAUGAGAAGCGCAUACGGUUGCGAAGCCCUCCGGAAAAGGUUUUUGAGUACUUUGCAUCUGAUCGUAGUUCAGAAGGAGAAGUUUUGAUGAAACCAGCAGACCUAAUGCGAGCAGUGGUUCCUGUUUUCCCUCCUUCUGAAUCCCACCUUGUUAGAGAUGGAUACUUGGAAGGUGAAAGGAGGCCGGGCCAUUUAUGCUGCCCUUCUUCAGAAUUUUUUAUGCUUUUUGAUGUAAACAAUGAUGGGCUGAUAUCUUUUAAAGAGUAUAUCUUUUUUGUAACACUACUCAGCAUCCCAGAAUCAAGCUUUUCAGUGACAUUUAAAAUGUUUGAUGUCAACAAUAAUGGGGAGAUAAAUAAGGAAGAAUUCAAGAAAGUGAUGGCAUUGAUGCGAUCUCGUCAUCGACAGGGUGUUCACCACAGGGAUGGACUGCGAACUGGCCUAAAGGCGAGUGAUUCUGUGGAAGAUGGAGGGCUGGUGGAAUACUUUUUUGAUAAAGAUGGAAAUGGAUGCCUCCAACAUGAUAAAUUUGUAAAUUUUUUGAGAGGCUUGCAUGAUGAGAUUCUGAGGCUGGAGUUUGCUCAUUAUGACUACCAAUCUUGCCAAACCAUAUCAGCCAAGGACUUUGCGCUCUCCAUGGUUGCUUCUGCCGACAUGAGUCAUCUAGGCAGGUUGCUUGAAAGGGUUGAUGGACUGAAUGAUGAUCCACGCCUUAAGGAUGCACGAAUCACAUUUGAGGACUUCAAAAACUUUGCAGAGCUACGGAAAAAGUUACUGCCAUUUUCAUUGGCCCUUUUCAGUUUUGGAGAAGUAAAUGGCCUGUUGACAAGAGAUGAUUUUCAGAGAGCAGCAUCACAUGUAUGUGGCAUAUCUCUCUCGGACACUGUGGUUGAAAUUGUUUUCCAUUUGUUUGAUGCAAAUCGGGAUGGAAACCUAAGUUUUGACGAGUUUGUCAGAGUGCUACACAAGCGCGAAAGGGACAUUGCACAACCCGUGGAGACAGGAAUACGGGGUUGGUUGUCUUGCGGUUGGAACUGUACGCAUAACUUCUCAUCUUCAUGAUUGUUUUCCUGAUAUAGAAGAUUUAAUGCCACAAACAUUUCAAGAACAGACAUAACAGAAUGGAUUGGAACCCUUGAUGGGAAGAGAAAAACGAAAGAAAAACAAAGGAAGAGAUGGGUAGUGAUGGUUGGUCUGGGACUGGAGAAGUUUCCCGUAAAAUACAUUUGUGGGUCAAACACAGGUCUUCCUUAUAUCACCUCACUUUGCAGUACCCUUAAAGAAAAGAUGGGCACAUAAAUAAUCUACUUCGUAAUAGCUUAGAAAUCAAACAAGUAUGUGUGUUUGGGAACCCGUUUGCAUACUUGCAAUGCAAACGGAAAUACCCACUUUCCCAUGCACAAAAAUGAGAAGUAACAAUCGCCGACGUCUGAGGUUUGCCAACUGCAAACCAAACACACUCAUAUAUUGUAAAGUCAAUAUGUACCACUGAGGUGGUCACCUGUUUUUCCCCCUUUGUGCUUUUGAUUUUGGGUUGAAUGGUGAUACCCAACACCUGGAACUAUUUUGCCAUGAAUGGUGAUACUAUUUAUGAAUGCUUUGCGGUUUAUGUUGAUGUAAUGUAGUACAUAGGUAUGGGCAUGCAGCUAUAACAAAUACUCUAGCUCUUUAUUAGUGCACAAUUCAGAGAGAGUACACUGUACAGUGAGAUUGUUAGCCUUGAGGAGAAAAGCGGGGGAGUAAAUUACAAGGCAUCAUCGAAUAUAUUACAAAAUCUUUGUAUUCCCUUCGAUCCA